UUUAUCAUUGAAAUUGAAAACCCUCAAAGUGGAAAAAAGAGAGCUCACCAUCUCAUCGAUCGACUGUUCAAGAUUCAGAAUAUGGAUUUCUCUGAUUUCUUCGAUCUUGAUCAGAAUCUGGAAUUCAUAACUAGAUCUUUCUCACGGGGUGUUGAAGAUCACGACCAUGAUCAUCAGAACCAGUUCACAAACCAAGAUCAUUCAUCACUGUUCUCUUUCGAUGAUAUUCAAUCUUCUCAAAAAGAGUCUCCUCCUCCUCUUCCUCAUCCUCAUCCUCAUCCUAAUCAAGAUCAACAAUCGCCGGAGACACUGAUUUCUUCGACAACAGCACUCGAUCACGACGAUGACGAAGAAGAAGAGGAAGAGGAACAAAAUUCUCAUCAUAAUCAAAAGAAGAGAAAUAGUAGUAGUAGUAGUAAGAGCAAAGAAAAGUCCUACAUAGGAGUUAGGCGGCGGCCAUGGGGGAAGUUUGCGGCGGAGAUAAGAGACUCGACGAGGAACGGCCACCGUGUUUGGCUUGGAACGUUCGACAGCGCGGAGUCGGCCGCCCUUGCUUACGACCAAGCUGCAUUCUCCAUGAGGGGUCUGGCGGCUGUCCUCAACUUUCCCAUUGAAAAAGUCCAAAAGUCACUCCAAGAUAUUAGGUUUUAUGACUUCAAUUUCAAUUUCGGUCGCUCUCCAGCUGAGGCCUUGAAAGAGAGGCAUUACAAUAUGAGAAAAAAGGUUUCCAAAACUUACCUGAAAAAUAAUAACAAGGCCACCAAAGACCAUCAUCUUCUUCAUCAUCAUCAUCAUCAUCAAGAACAACAUCACUUGAAGAUGAGUAGUAGUACUAAUUCUGAUAGUACUGAUAUGCAGCUACUAGUUUUUGAGGACCUUGGACCAGAAUAUCUAGAACAACUUUUGGAAUCAAGUUCCUCCUCCACAUCAAAUCCGAGCAAGCUAGUACUCGAUUAUAUAUGACAUCUUGUUUUUUUUUAUUUUUUCAAUAAUAAGUACAUGAAAUUUGGUCUCUGAUAUGAUCAUUAAUUAUGUUCUCA